AGACACACCUGGAGAGGUUCUUGGAGGAUCUUGGGAUGGUGCAGCACUUGACAGAGAAGCUGUCCCUGAGUAAAAUACUUCAGAUUGAUGAGAAGACCAUUACUGACGUAACUGCCAAGUGUCAAUCAGAUCUUCCAUGGUAUUUUCUGAAGAAGCUAAUGAUGGUUAAUGUGACAGCCAGGAAUGUGAAGUGUACAUCAGAAUGUGAAUCUGACUGUGAUGCUGCAUCAGAGAUUACAGAGUUCAAUUUUGAUAAUCUGCUUGACAGUCCAAACUCAGGUGACAUGCUGAACCCCCUUGACAUCAUCACUGCUCUCUUUCUGUGUUCUGAUGCUUUUGUACAGCAGGAGAUGGCACUCAAAAUGUCUAUGUGUCAGUUUUCUGUGCCGCUGCUGCUCCCUAAUUGUGACACACAACAGUGCACACUCAUGCUUUGGGCCUUGAGAGACAUUGUUAAAGAGUACAGACCUCAGUCACUUUCACAAUCCAAGGGUUUUAUUGAAGACAGAAUUGUUCUCUCUGAACUUCCAAUGAUAUCCUUUGUGAGACUGGGGGAAUGCUCCUUGUCCAAGUCAGAGAUUCUCAAUAAGCUUCUGAGCAAUUCUCAGCAGUACCAUGACACCUUUGUUCACCACGAUAUGGAGUGUGGCGACAGUCCAAGAAGAAUAUCUGAUGGACUGACUGAAAUUACUUGGAACCUUCCUUGUGGAAACAAAAACAUUGAUAUUUUCAGUGAGCCAGUAGCUGUAGCUAACCUUCGUGGGGACAUUACUUCAUUUGAAACACAGUUUUCUUUUUUGUGUCAGACAUCUGCUGCAGUUUUUGUCUUCUUUGACAAUUUGGACACUGACUGCAAGUUGCUUACUAACCAACACCACAAGGCACAGAUCUUCUUGGUGGGUAACCAUCAAAGCAAGACCUUCAAUUUAAAUUCUCUAAAAAAAGUUGCAAUUAAGUGGGGCUUGACCAACAACAACAUCCUUAUUAAGACUAAGCAGACAAAUGAUGCAGACUUUAUCAAAACUUUGAGGAAAACUGUCAGCAAUGUAGUAGAGAACUCAAAGAUGAAGAUGUGCAUAGAGCAGAUGGCUGACAUUGCCCAUGAACUGGGAAUCUUGAUUGAUGAAGACUGUCCAGAGUGCCAGACUGCCAAGAAAAAUGCAGAUGCCAUCACUGCAGAAAUUCAAGACACCCUUAAAUACAAAGAAGAGCAGCUCCCCCUGCAAGGCCAAAUAUGGAAAGAACUGACAAGUUUAGAGAAGGAAGAAUUUCGGCUUCGAAAUGUUGGGUCUGAAGAAAUCGAAACUUACAGAACUGGUCUUCAAGUACAGAAAAGAUUACUUCGAGACAGACAAAACUCUUAUAACAUAUCAAUUGCAAUGGCAUGCUUCAUCAAUGCGAUAUCGAGCCCAGGGACAGAGAGAUGUUAUUUCCUGAAAUGGAUGCGAAUGAAUCUUGACAACCUGUCUCGAGAAAGACUAUCGGACCUCAGGGAACAGUACAGAGAAAAAUCCAAGAAUUCUGAGAACAAAGAUGAGCUUAAAGAGAUUGACAGAGAACUUUCCAACAGCUCACUGGGGACUGAACACUUCUUCCGUGAAAUGGGUCAGAUCUAUGAAGCUUCAGUUUCCCUUCCAGAAACAGACCCAUCACAUCAACUGUUGCAACAUCUGCCCAAACUCUGUGCAGGAUUGCUGCUGGAUGGAUUUCCCCUUGAGCUUGUAGAUGGAGAUGCCUCCAACAUACCUCUCAGAUGGGUGAGUGAUGUUCUCUCUCAGCUCCAUGACUUGGUGUCUCCCAAGAACAAGAUACUGGUAGUCACAGUUCUUGGAGUUCAGAGCACAGGAAAGUCCACUCUUCUUAACACCAUGUUUGGAGUGCAGUUUGCAGUCAGCAGUGGUCGAUGCACUCGAGGUGCUUUUAUGUUGCUCAUCAGAAUCAAUGACGAUGUCAAAAAAGUGCUCAACUGUGACUUCAUGAUGAUCAUUGACACUGAGGGCUUAAAGUCACCAGAGCUUGCGCAACUGGAUGACAGCCAUGAGCAUGACAAUGAGCUUGCAACACUUGUCGUGGGGCUGAGUGAUAUCACCAUCAUCAAUAUUGCAAUGGAGAAUUCAACAGAAAUGAAGGACAUCCUGCAAAUAGUUGUGCACGCUUUUCUCAGGAUGAAAGAGGUGGGCAAAAAGCCUAAAUGUCAGUUUGUUCAUCAGAAUAUAUCAGAUGUUUCAGCCAAUGAGAAGAACUUAAGAGACAGGAAACUGCUCUUGCAACAGUUAAAUGAGAUGACACAGGCAGCUGCCAAAAUGGAAAAGAAAGAGGAGAACAAGAGCUUCACGGAUGUGAUGGAGUACAGUCCAGAUACUGGGAACUGGUACAUUCCUGGACUCUGGAAAGGAAACCCACCAAUGGCAUCGGUCAAUGCAGGGUACAGCGAAGCUGUAUAUGAGCUCAAGAAAAACAUCAUCCAUCUACUGGGAAAUUGUGAGUCAUCUGCUAAUGAUAUCUUGGAGAUUAAAGAGUGGAUGUCAAGCCUGUGGACUGCAGUAAAGCAUGAAAACUUCAUCUUCAGCUUCAGAAACAGUCUGGUGGCUGAUGCAUACAUGAGGCUGUGCACAGAAUUCAACAAAUGGGAAUGGGAAUUCAAAAUACACAUGUUCACAUGGGUUACAAAUGCUGAAACAAGAAUUGCACAUUUCAGUACAGGAGUUGUAAAAUCUGAUAUAGCUGACAUGAAAGAUCUCAUCAUGUGUUUGAAAAGUGAAGCCUCCACAGUGCUGUCAAAGUGGGAGACAGAGCUUCUUGAAAAUCUGGCACAGUACUUCAAGCAAAAAGAGGGUCAUGUCUAUCUAGUAGAAGGAUACAAAGAGGACUUUGCAAACAGUGCAAAGAGCCUUCGACGAGAAAUGGAGAACUCUGUGUUUCAUCAGCUCACUGCAGCAGCAGAAAUCAAACAGGGAAUGAGAGAACUUGAUAUAAUCAAGGAAAAUCACACAAAAGAAAUUGAAAAGGCAGUGUGCGCACUGAUUGAUCAAUGUCGGAAGAAGAAUGUCCAGAUGAGAGAUCAAGAGCUGGAAAAGGAAUUUAAUAAGAUGUGGAAUGAAACAGUAAAGAAACUGUCUUUUUCUGAACAAAAGGCAACAGAUGUCUUCACCAAUGUAUCCUACUACCUGAGAUUAAAUCUGUCACACAAAGGAAGUCAUGCAUCUGAAUUGUUGAGUAAAAAAAGCCUGAAAGAUUGUGGGAAAAUGCCUUUCAAAUAUAAAGAUGAUGGAUUAGGGAAGUCAGGUGAGUUUUUCAUGAUUGAAAAUCACGUAAUGUCUGUACAAAACACAGCUGACACCAUCAUAGAUGCUUGUGAAGAUUUUGUGACUCAAAAAAUGGAAAGAAAAAAUAAUUACCAUGACACCUACAUACAGGAGAUGCUACACAUGAUUGAUGAGAGGCUGCAAAACAAUCAGGAUGUAAAGACAGGCAUUGAGUUCGAAGUUUCUCUAAAACAACACAUCUGUGGAGUUGCAGCCAGAGUAUUUCAGAAAAUGCACGAAGAUUUCCUACAUGUGAAUGAUCCUUACAGAUGUCUGAGUCAAAACAAAGGGAAGUUUUGUGCUGAUUUUAAAGAUGUGUUUCAUAAACGAGACCAGUGCCAUACGAAGGCAGAAGAAUUCACCAGCCAAUGCUUGAAGCCUGCAGUCGAGGACUUCAUCAACCGUUCCCUAGGUCCUGAUAUCAUUGAUGAGAUGCUGACACAACAACAGUUCAGCACAAGAAUAUCCUUCCAGUAUUCAGUUUUACUGGAUUUGCUUUCAAAGGAUAAUUUUGAAAAGUAUUUGAGCUACAUUGACUCAUAUAAGAAAUAUGUAAAGAAGUGGAUAUUUGACCAGAUAGUGACUCACUUCUCAAAGGAUUCGAAGACAUUCAAGUGUGAGGAUCAGCAUCUUCAGUCAAGUAUCAGGAGCAUAAAUGAUGCUAUCAACAAGGCAAAAAUGAAAAAGAGUGGUAACUUGAAGACAUUUAUUGAAGAUAUCUGCAAAGAACUUGGAGAUAAACUGGUCAUUUCCCAGGAUGCUCUUGGUGCUUUCAUGAUUCUGAAUAAAGCCAAUGAAAAACAGUUUGCUUACUGCUUAACAGAGAGUGUGAAUGAGAUGGGACAAGCUCUUAGAGAAGAGUUCAAAAAAUCAAACAUCCAGAUAAAACUGAAGCAUCUCCAUGUGAAGCCCCAGAAUGAGUUUUUCACCAAACUGAUUGGAUGUUGUAAACGGUGUCCGUUCUGUUCAGUGCCCUGUGAGGCGGGAGGGAAAGCCCAUACUGAGCACUGGGCUUCACUGCAUUGGCCAGAGGGUCUGGGUGAAUACAAGUUUCACCGGACAAGAAAACUUGUCAUUGACAUAUGCACAUCGUCUGUGACCAGUGACACCAAUUUUCGCUGUAAUGCUACAAACAAGGAAUGGCACCCCUACAAGCGAUACAGAGAUAUUUUCCCAGACUGGAAAAUUCCUCCAGAUGUAAGCCUUCAGGCAUCAGACUACUGGAAAUAUGUCAUUGCAAGAUUUACCGAGCAGUUUGCCAUGAAAUGUAAUGCAAAUCCUGCUGAUAUUCCUGAAACUUGGAAAAAAAUCACACGUAAGCAGGCAGAGGAGAGUCUCAGAGAGUCAUUUUACAUCAAGUGAGAGACUACACGCUGUGUGGUUUCAGAGGUGCACAUUCUCCUCAUUACAUUGAUUAAUUCACUAUCCUUUCACACAUAUUUUUUAUCUUUCUUGUUAAUUAGACAUACAAAAAUCACAAACUGUAACUGUAUACAAGAGAGAUACUGAUACCACUGUUAACUCUAAUGGGGGAAUAUAAAAUUUAAGACAAACACUGUAGUUAGUGCUCAUCUUCAUCUGAGAUUGAUGUCAUGUGUUAAAUAAAAAUAAUCAGCUUUAACUCUAUUCUAAUGUUGAUGAGCUCAGUUUUAAAUGCUUUUUGAUUCUCUGAGUCAAUGUACAUGUGAGGAGUACAUGUAACAAACAUACCAAGAAACAUAUCAAAUUAAACUAAACUUUGUCUUUUUCUUUUAGUUUUUGUGAUGUAUUAGAUAUUAAGAUAUUGACGUGUAUCAUUUUAUAUCUUAAAAGAUCAGUUUGUUUUGUGGAGUAUCUGAUGCAAAAUAUUUAUAUUUCCAGUGUUGUAAAAUGUAAUUAAGUCUGUUUAACAUAUGGUCAUUACAAGAGUGUUUUAUUUUUCUUUUCUUUGUCUUUUAAUGAGCGUGUGAUUGUCUUACUUAGAAUUCAGAAUCUAUUGGUUUUAUUUCAUUUAAGUAUCUGGUGCCAAAUAUUUGCACAUCCACAGGAAUUAAAAUAUCAUCAUUUUAUAUUGGUGUUCUCAACAUAUUAGAUAUAGAUAUAUAGACGUAUUAGAUUAGAUAUUAAAU